GUAAUUUGACACCAGGCUCGUGUAAAGAAACAUUUGAAUCUAUGCACGUGUGCAUAUUUUGCCGAAAGGCCAAUGCUUAUCCUAGAUGGAUGUCGGGAUAGUAUCUAAUAAGUCAGAAAGAUGACAAGAAUAUAUAAACAUAUAAUCUAUCAUCGAAAAUCACAAUGCUGCUUAUUUUAGCAUUUCGAUCUAUAUGUAUGUUAUAAGUGUGUAAGUUGACUCACUAAAAGGAAUGGAAAAAGCUUUGAAGUUUCUACCACAGAAAGGCGUGCUUGGGUACUGAACAGAUACAGUUUGCUAAGGGGUUUGAAGGGCUCGGAGCAGCGCAUGGUCUAUGUCGCAUGAUCUGGCUCUCUGCUUGGGACGUCCGAGAGAGCUACCAUAUCCAUUUUCACACGUUAAUGUGUGGGACUAUCGUCCUUGCUCACAAUGUUCGCCAAUGUUACUCGCGGUUGUGGGGUGAUUCGGUCUGUGUGUAGCGGAAGACAGGUUCGGACUUUUCAGUCGGUGGCCACUCACCAAACGAUGAGGGCUAUCCAAGUCUCCGAGUUCGGGGAUCCGGAGGUGUUGAAAUACGUUGACGAUGCAGCUUUGCUGGAAGCGGUGGACUCAAAACAGGUUCUGGUGGGCAUGGUGGCCGCUGGUGUGAACCCGGUGGACACGUACAUCCGCGCGGGCGCGUACGCGCGCACGCCGCCGCUGCCCUACACGCCUGGCUCCGAUGGCGCCGGCAAGGUGCUGAAGAUCGGAGACGCCGUCGACAGUGUGCAGGUGGGCGAGCGUGUGUUCGUCUCGCUGGGCCCGGACGGCGCCCCGGGUGGCACCUACGCCAGCUGUGUGCGGGCCCCGGCCUCGUGCGUGGGUCGUCUCCCGGAGCGGCUGACGUUUCAGCAGGGCGCCGGCGUCGGCGUCCCCUACUUCACCGCCUGGCACGCCCUCAUGCAGAGGGCGGGGGCCAGCAAGGAUUGCAAGGUGCUUAUCCACGGAGCCAGCGGGGCGGUUGGCCUGGCGGCGGUGCAAAUUGCCAAGUUCCAUGGCAUGAGCGUGAUCGGCACGGCUGGCUCGGAGGACGGCCUGCGCCUGGUGCGGGAGCAGGGCGCCGACCACGUCUUCAACCACAGGACGCCUUCGUACACGAAGGAGAUCGUGCAGGCGUCUGGCGGAGGCGUGGACGUGAUCCUGGAGAUGCUGGCCAACGUCAACCUGGCUCGGGAUCUGGAGAUGCUGCAGUUUCGCGGGCGCGUCAUCGUGAUCGGCAGUCGCGGUAGCAUUACGAUCGACCCGCGUAUGACGAUGGCUAAAGAGAGCAGCAUCAUGGGCUGCGCACUGGCCGCCACCACGAAAGCCGACUGGGAGGAGAUACGGCCGCGGGUGUUGGAGGGACUCGAGGCUGGCUGGCUCACGCCCGUCGUGGCCAAGGCCUACCCUCUGGAACAGGCGGAGCAUGGCCCACCGUGACAUUGUCAACUCGACCGGCGCCCGGGGCAAUCUGGUGCUGGACAUCUAGUCCGGCGUCGCGCGCUGCAAGCCGGGACCGGCGCCGGGGGCGUGCGGAGCUGGACGCGCGCGCUCGACCGGGCCGGACGCGCGUCCGGCCGCUCACGCCGGUCGGAAGAGGCAGGCUGGGUACGAGCAGACAAUGGCGCGGCGCGCCGGCCGUCGGCAGCAACGGCCUCGCCUGGCGUACACUGGUGUGGGACAUAUGGGCAGCUCGCCGCAACGGAACUGCUUCUUGACAGCCGGCGGUGUGUGGGUGUUUUGUAUGCGAUUCCUAGGGAUUAUUUUUAAGCGUGGAAUGUGUUUCGAUAACUUAUGUGAGCACUAACUAGUCUUGACCAGUAGCACCGGUAAUGCUUGUUGCAUGGACGCUUAUUGCGAUGUGAGAAUGAGAACAUGCGUAUUUUUAAAUUGAAUAUAUUAAAGGGGUAUU